AACCUGUAGGUGCGAGCCGGAUCGGUUGCGCGCACGAUUGCUCGGGACGGGGAUCCGAACCAGCCCGGGGGGAGAAAAAAAAACCAAAAAAACCAAAAAGCGAGGAUGCUGCGCGUGCGGUGCCUGCGCGGAGGCAGUCGAGGGGCCGAAGCCGUGCAUUACAUUGGGUCGAGGUUUGGAAGAGUCGUCACAGGAUGGGUGCAGCGAACUUUCCAGAGCACCCAGGCUGCAGCGGCCUCCAAUGCUCCCUGCCCUCCUGUUGCUGCUGCUGCUGCUGAACCCUCCAAAGUUCCUGACCCUAGUCCAGAAAAUUGUCCUGUCUCUGCCUACAAUGAAUGGGACCCACUGGAAGAAGUCAUUGUGGGGAGAGCUGAAAACGCCCGUGUUCCUCCUUUCACAGUGGAGGUGAAGGCUAAUACCUAUGAUAAGUACUGGGAAUUUUAUCAGAAGUACGGAGGCCAGAGUUUUCCUGAGGAUUAUAUCAAGAAAGCAAUCGCUGAGAUUGAAGAAAUGUGCAAUAUUUUGAAGAUGGAGGGAGUGAUUGUGAAGAGGCCAGAAAUCCUCAACUGGUCAACCCGAUAUAAAACACCUGAUUUUGAAUCUACUGGCAUGUACGCAGCUAUGCCGAGAGACAUUUUACUUGUAAUUGGGAAUGAAAUCAUCGAAGCGCCGAUGGCGUGGCGAGCCCGGUUCUUUGAAUAUAGAGCGUAUCGCCGAGUCAUUAAAGAGUAUUUUCACCAGGGAGCCAAAUGGACAACAGCACCGAAGCCCACGAUGUCUGAUGAGCUUUACGACCAGGAUUAUCCCAUCCGCACCGUGGAGGACAGGCACAAGUUGGCUGCCCAGGGGAAAUUUGUCACCACUGAAUUUGAGCCGUGCUUUGAUGCUGCAGACUUCAUAAGAGCUGGGAGAGAUAUCUUUGUGCAAAGAAGUCAGGUUACAAAUUUCAUGGGCAUUGAGUGGAUGAGGAGACAUCUUGCUCCAGACUAUAGAGUCCAUACUAUCUCUUUCAAAGACCCAAACCCAAUGCACAUCGAUGCUACUUUUAAUAUCAUUGGCCCUGGGGUCGUGCUUUCUAAUCCAGAUCGCCCCUGUAACGAGAUUGAUCUCUUCAAGAAGGCAGGCUGGACAAUCAUUCAUCCACCGCUUCCUCUGAUCCCUGACAAUCAUCCGCUGUGGAUGUCUUCCAAAUGGCUUUCCAUGAAUGUCCUGAUGCUGGAUGAGAAACGUGUGAUGGUAGAUGCCAACGAAACCCCGAUCCAGAAGCUCUUUGAAAGCCUAGGCAUUUCAACCAUCAAAGUGAACAUCCGCCACGCCAAUUCUUUGGGAGGAGGCUUCCACUGCUGGACCUGUGACAUACGUCGCCGUGGGACCUUGAAGUCUUAUUUUGAUUAGCAGGAGGUCUGUCUGAAGCACAGGCCACCAUCCAAUGGGAAUGCAUGUGUCAUAAGAUGAAGAGGUUAGCUUCCCCCGGGGCUCCUUAAAAUAAUAAUAAUAAUAAUAAUAAUAAUAAUAAUAAUAAUAAUAAUAAUACCAAUGUAGAUGCAUGAGUUGCUGUGCUUUGAAUCAGGUUCCUCCUCUUCCUAACUUGUGGUUCCCGUCCCUGAUCCCCAGGGCAGGAGAGUGCACCCUAAGGGUCUAUUCACACAUUAUGAACAAGGAACGGGGGCCAUAGGUAAUUAGUGCUCCUUGAUAAAUGGUUGGCAUUUGAGAGAUUGCUUCCAUUAUUUGGGCAGGUAUUCUUUGAUUGACACAUCCGAGCGGACACUGGGACUAUUUAUAGAGAAGCGAGGUUCGUGUUUUUGAGUUAGCUUACUACAAGCUGAUAGGGCUGCAGCCAGUGGUGAAAUUCAAUUUUUUUUUAGUACCGGUUCUGUAGUGGGCGUGGCUUGGUGGGCGUGGCAGAGGAAGGAUAUUGCAAAAUCCCCAUUCCCACCCCACUCCUGGGGGGAAGGAUACUGCAAAAUCCCCAUUCCCUCCCCACUCCUGGGGGGAAGGAUACUGCAAAAUCCCCAUUCCCACCCCACUCCAGGGGAAAGAUAUUGCAAAAUCUCCAUUUCCAUCCCACUCCAGGGGAAGGAUACUGCAAAAUCCCCAUUCCCACCCCACUCCUGGGGGAAGGAUACUGCAAAAUCCCCAUUCCCACCCCACUCUGGGGCAAGCCAGAGGUAGUAUUUGCCGGUUCUCCAAACUACUCAAAAUUUCCGCUACCGGUUCUCCAGAAUCUGUCAGAACCUGCUGGAUUUCACCCCCUGGCUGCAGCCUUAUUCACAAAAUUGACCUGUUUACAUGGUCUUAUUACAUGCCUACACAGAUAACAUGCCAUCAGUGAAGAUGGGGGGUGGUGGUGGAAACCCCUUCUGAUCACAUGCAAUGUUGAAUAGUCUUGGCUCAUCAAGACUUUAGACAUGUAGGCCUUGAUAGCUCAAGCAAGAAGAAGCACAGGACAUCAGCGCCCUUAAAGAGUUGUGAUGGGGUUCUGCUAAAGCCCCAUAGGCUCAACAUUUCAGGACCAAGGAGAGUAAGUUUAUGCAGGUGGUCCUUGCCUUAUGAAAACAAUUGGUACUGCAACUUCCGUUGCUAAACGAUACAGUCCUUUAGUGAGCCACAUCCGAUUUUACAAUCUUUUUUUUUUUUUUGUCAUGGUUGCUAGGUGAAUUUGCAUGGUCAUGAAGCCAAUCUGGCUUCCGCCCAUUGACUUUGUUUGUUGGAAGCCUCUCGUAAAUCCCAUUGAAAGCAAUAUAAAGGUCCUAUGGUCUUAGAAUGUGCAAGGCCCUUUCUGAAAUCAUAUGUGGUGAACGGGUCCUUAGACCACAGAGGCCCAUUCUGCUAUCUCAGCAGUGAAGGGGAUCUUCCAGCUGGCAUUUUGGACAACAUCUGGACUCUCCCUGUUUUUUUUAAUCUUCACUCCAAGACUAUACAAACUUUUGGGAUAAUCUACUAGAUUCCUGAGUUUUCAUGGUUGACAUUACAAAUCUACCUCUGCUUAAACCUCUUACAGGAAGGCAGCUAGAAAGAUUAAACUUCACUGAAUGUGAAUCUUUCCGUUCCCGUUUAAUGAUCUUUUUAAGAUCUGAAGACCACACAAAUGUGAAAUUUAAGGCAAGACAGAACAAACAGUGAUGGGCCCAGAUUUCUACUACUUUUGUAUUUUACACUAUUUAGGUUAAGCUAAGUUUUUUUUUUUUUUUUUUACAAACUGCAUCCUUAUGCAGACGUUACUUAAAUUACACCAGGCUUGUGAACUGGUGACCUUUAUAAACCUUGCUAGACCCAAUGAUUGUAUUAGACUACAAUCCCCACUACUUCCAGCCAAAGUUAGAACCAUUUAUCAAUGGAAGUUGUGGAUGCUCCAAAACCAGAGGUUUUUAAGAAGAGAUUGGGCAACCAUUUGUCUGAAAUGGUACAGGUUCCAGCUGAGCAGGGGGUUGGACUAGAAGACCUCCAAGAUCCCUUCCAACUCUCUUAUUCUGUUUUUUUUUAAAAUUUGAUUUAUAUGCCGCCCUUCUCCGGAGACUCAGGGCGGCUUACAGUGCGUUAAGCAAUAGCCUUCAUAUUUUUGUAUAUUUUAUACAAAGUCAGCUUAUUGCCCCCACAAACUGGGUCCUCAAUUUACCUACCUUAGAAAGGAUGGAAGGCUGAGUCAACCUUGAGCCUGGCGAGAUUCGAACUUACUUUAAUUGCAGACAGUUGGUGUUAAAUUACAGUGCUUUUAGUCUGCAGAGCUAUCCAGGCUCCUGUUUUUCGGUUAAUGUCCAAUUGCUGUACCUUGAUGAGAAAUUAUACAUGGUUAGUGAAGGUCAGAUUUGGGCUUGUUAGUAGUAAAGUGAAAAUUACUCAUGUUCUGGAUAUCAGAUGCAUAGAGCUGUCCCCGUCCCCUCCAAGAAUGAGUGGUUACUAGAUGGAUCAAAAGAGAAAUUUGCAUUGCUGGACAAGGAAAAUAUUUGUCCUAGAAAUGUAUGGUUUAUCUGUUCCCCAAUUUAAGUAAUCCCACUUAGACGCUUCAGAAGAAUGAUAUCCACUGCUAUAUAUUAGGUCCCUAAAUGCCUCCGUUUAAUUUCCUUCUUCCCAAAUCUUUGAUUAGAUGCCUCUAGUCUGAAAAGGCAUUUUUCCCCAAUGUACCUCCAGUCUUUGAGUAUUUUGUACACAUUUGUUUCAGUCUUUCCUUGAUGGGUGCCAAUCUAAUGCAGGAUGUUUGGCAGGAUCUGUUUACAUAAAUCAAAUGUACUUAAUAAUUUUCAGCAGAAAGCGUAUGAUUAACCCAAUGCUACCUAAAAGCGUUUUCUCUAUGUAUUUUAUGCCAAUAAAACACAUUUGCACUCA